AUGAGUUCAAACGUCGGUCUUACCACCCCUCGUGGGAGUGGCACGUCGGGUUAUGUUCAGCGCAAUCUAUCACUCCUAAAACCUCGCGAUCCAAGCUACGGAGCCCCGACGGCAUCAUACGGGGAGAACGGCCACAGUGAUGCAGGCUUUAAGCAAAGGCAACCGGACAAACAGAUUCUCGAGCACGACCGGAGAAGAGCCAUUGAAGUCCAAAUCAUAGAAGAAAGAGAUAGGCUUGAAGAGGAAAACGAGAAGAUUGCUGAGGAGAAUAAGAAACAUGCUACAGGGAGUAAGAAAGAUUUAGAGCAAGAUAGCGACAGCAAGGAGACGCGGACAAAGAGAGUUGAGUUGUCAGAAGAAGAGAUAGAAGAGAGGCUUGAUAAACUUCGUGCGGAAUUAACGAAGGAAUUGGAGGAUGAGAUGGCGGGUAGGCAUCGACCAGGACCUUCUCGAGACGCGAGACACAGAGAUCAUUCUGGCUAUGAACCAUAUCCGUCAAGAGGGCAGCGGAAAUCAAAUGGCCAUGAUGAGAAAGGUGGUUAUAAAGGUCGCAAACAGUUUAAAACCUACCAAGUUCACGAGCAAGCGGAGGCCAAAAUUGAAGAAAGCGAGAGGUUACGAAAGGCACUGGGGAUACGGGGAGAGGGGGAACAGUCGCCUUGGGAUUCCGGUCGUCAAGGAGACCAGGAUAGGGGAGGCAGGGAUAGAUAUAAUGAUGGGAGAGACUCUGGUCGACGGUGGUAA